AUGACUGAAGGAAAUCAACAGAAUAACUCUGGAUUCGCCGAGGUGCCCUCAGCUUAUCAGCUGAAACACCCGUCAACCCCCCAUCUCCAAAGCCUCGAUGAAUACCACCAACUCUACCAGAAGUCCAUCGCCUCUCCGGACACCUUCUGGUCAGACAUGGCCACUUCGCUUCUGCAUUGGGAGACCCCCUUCUACCAUGUCCAACACGGAGCCCUCGAAAAAGGCGACCACGCCUGGUUCCUAGGCGGCAAGCUAAACGCAUGCUACAACUGCGUCGACCGUCACGCAUUGACAGACCCAGGCAAGGUAGCUAUCAUCUACGAACGCGAUACACCCGACGAGUACCCCCGACAUGUUACCUACGGGGAGCUCCUACGAGAUAUCUGCCAGUUAGCCUGGGUGCUGAAAGACAUGGGCGUGCAAAAGGGCGAUAUAGUCACUGUGUACAUGCCCAAUAUCCCCGAGGCGAUAGUCGCAAUGCUAGCCUGUGCUCGGAUCGGAGCGAUUCACUCGGCCGUGUUCGCGGGAUUCUCUGCGCCAGCGUUGCGUGGGCGGAUUGAGGAUGCUCGCUCCAAGGUCGUCUUGACGGUCGACGAGAGCGUGAGAGGGGGAAAGGUCAUUCCCAUGAAGCGCAUCGUUGAUGAGGCACUGUCUACGUACGACAAGGGCCAUCUGGUGCAGUGUUUUGUGCUCAGGAAGACUGGUAGCCCUAUCCCUUGGUCCCCGGGAGGCGGUGAUCGCUGGUGGCAUGGAGAAAGCGCCCAAUGGCCUACUUACAUUGCGCCAGAGCCGAUGGAUUCUGAGGAUCCGUUGUAUCUGCUGUACACCUCUGGCUCGACGGGGAAGCCGAAAGGCCUCCUGCAUUCGACGGCUGGAUACCUGCUCGGCUGUGCGGUUACCGGGAAAUACGUGCUAGACUUGCAUCCGUCAGACACCAUGUUCUGUGCGGGAGAUGUGGGUUGGAUCACCGGGAACAGUUAUCUUGUUUAUGCUCCGUUGGUCUGCGGUGUGACGACGGUGAUAUUCGAGGGAACGCCCUCAUUCCCUGACUAUGAUCGCUACUGGGAUAUUCUAGAUCGAAACAGGGCAACUCACUUCUAUACGGCGCCUACCGCUCUACGAAUGAUGAAGAAGGCACGUCCAAAUGGUGUCAGCAAGAGCAUGGAUAAUUUGAGAGUUAUUGCUUGUAUUGGGGAACCAUUGGCCCCGAAUGUAUGGGAGUGGUGCUAUGAAGUGGUCGGUAGAAAGCAGGUGCAUGUCCUGGAUACGUACUUCCAGACAGAAACAGGAUGUCAUGCCUUUUCACCUCUCGCCGGAGUCUCACCCAUCAAACCCGGCACAGUGGCUUUGCCUUUCUUUGGCAUCAAUCCAGCUCUGAUUGAUCCCAUUACUGGGGAGGAGAUUGGAGACAACGACUCAAAGGGCGUCCUGGCGUUCAAACGGCCUUGGCCAAGCAUGGCGCGUACUGUCUGGGGUGAUCACAGUCGGUAUUUAAAGACUUAUUUCGAGGUUUACCGCGGAUACUAUACUACCGGUGAUGCCGCCUAUCGAGACCAAGAUGGCUACUACCAGGUUCUGGGACGAGUAGAUGAUGUGGUCAAUGUGUCUGGCCAUAGACUGUCGACUGCUGAGAUUGAGUCUGCUUUGUUAGGUCAUGGCUCGUUUUCUGAGGUUGCAGUUGUUGGGAUUCCCGACGACAUGACAGGACAGGCUCUGAACGUGUUUGCUUGUCUCAAGGACGGCGUCCGAGAUGACAAGGAGCAACUGAAAGCGUCUUCCAAGCAACAAAUUGGAAAUACGAUCGGACGAUUCGCAGUUCCAAAGCGUGUCUUCAUCAUGAGUGAUCUUCCAAAGACUCGAUCUGGGAAGAUCAUGAGACGGAUAUUAAGAAAGGUCUUGGAGGGCGAGAGGCGGGACUUUGGGGAUACAUCUACUGUGAGUCUGCCGCUGUAG